AUGUUAUGGCGUCUGCAACACUCGAGGACUAACAUGAUCGCGUAUAUGUUCCGAAGACGGCGUCAGUCACCCCACCCCAGUCUUGGAAACGUUCGACACCAAUCGACCCCUUCGCAAUUCUACCAUAAUAAACAACUGGAAUUAUACGCCUCCAAGGAGGCUAAACCACUUACCUUGAGGCAACUUGUUUUUUUUGGUCGCUCAAUGAAUGAGGACCGGCUCUUCAAGAGUGCCAAUUACGUUCGUACCGAAUUGCCAGUGCGGAUUGCUCACCGAUUGCGCGACCUUCAAGCGUUGCCGUACGUCGUUGUGACGCAGGAGGGGGUGGCGAAAGUUUAUGAGCUCUAUUGGUCCGCAUUUGAAAAAUUUCGAAACUAUCCACCUGUAACAACGCUCAAGGAGAAUGAGGAUUUUUGCAACUUUCUUAGCGUCUUGCUGGACGAACAUGCAUCUGUCAUUCCCAAUUUAUCCCUUGGAUUGUCUCUCUCGUCUCCAUACUUACCCCCAGAGAAGCUAGACGCCUUCAUGCGUCGAAUGCUUAUUUCGAGAAUAUCCCGUCGCGUUCUGGCUGAGCAUCACAUUGCACUAUCAGAAAUGUAUGGCGGACUCAAAAACGAAGAACCUGAAGAGCCUCACGUAGGCAUCAUCUUCACGGGAUUGAAGGUUAAGAGAAGUAUUGAGAAAUGCGUCAAACUCUUGACAGAAAGGCCCAUGUGGCUCGAAGUUGGCGGCAGGGCUGCAAUGGAUGUACACUGGCCCCAGGUCAAAAUUGAUGGUCAUCUCGACGCCAAGUUUGCCUAUAUCCGCGAGCAUUUCGAAUAUAUUGCCUUCCAGCUCUUAAAGAACUCAAUGCGAUCGACGGUUUUGAAACACCAGGGCGUCCCCGUGCUUCCCUCUAUACAAGUGACAAUUGUCGCCGGGGAGAACGAUAUUGGUCUCCGAAUAUCAGACCAAGGUGGUGGGCUCUCGAGCUUCCAAAACGAGAUCAGCAAUCCUUCAGACCUAUUCUCCUUCUCCCAUAUCCGGAACGCAACGCGUCUAGAAGAUUCUCGCCUCGGUGCUCUUCGCAUGGCCAGUGAACAUGGACUGCGCGCAACAGUUGACGAACAAGUAAGCCAUUGGCAGCAGCUUGUACCUUCGAAGGGUCAGGCCGUCGGGCGUGAGGAGAAUUCUGAACCUAAAGACCUUCCACAACCACGAAUCGGCAUCGGUUUGCCCAUGAGCUAUAUUUUUGCAACCUACUUUGGUGGAUCAUUGGAAUUAGUCUCUCUGGAUGGAUGGGGUACUGAUGUCUAUCUCCGACUUCCAAAACUGGGAACAAAUUUAGAAGGAAUCGAAGUAUAG